AUGGAUGCAUGCCCAGCUCCAAAUACAGAUGCAAAGCCUCCAGACAGUGCUGAUUCAGGAAGUGGUUGCGGUGGUAUUGCUCUCAAAGCUAGGAAGGAAAGAAGAGCGGAUCCAAUACACAUAAGGCAUAGGUCGUUCUUAACAGCGAUGGCUAUUCAUUUAAGUCUUCGGGUAGCACCACAAGAUCUUCAACAAGGUGGAAAUUCUCGUAUUUCAUAUGUACAUGUUCCUGCGGCUCAGAUGAGUAUAGUUAUUUAUAUCGCGAUAGCUAUAAACAGUUCCUUGUUCCCAUUAACAAAACCUCCCCUUUUUCUUCGCUCUUCCGGAACCGGUACAGAAAUUGGUGCUUUUUCUACUUUGUUUACAUUAGUGACUGGGGGGUUUCGGGGAAGGCCUAUGUGGGGUACCUUUUGGGUGUGGGAUGCUCGUUUAACUUCUGUAUUCAUCUUGUUCCAUAUUUACCUGGGUGCACUACGUUUUCAAAAGCUUCCUGUCGAACCGGCUCCUAUUUCAGUCCGUGCUGGACCGAUCGGUAUACCAAUAAUAAAGUCUCCAGUCAACUGGUGGAAUACAUCGCUUCAACCUGGGUCCAUAAACACUUCGGCCAAUGUUAUGAACGUACCUUCACCGAUACCUUUCUUCGCAAAUAUUGCCAGGUUCCCCUUCUCUACCCGUAUCUUGUUCAUUCUGGAAACACGUCUUCCUAUUCCAUCUUUUCCCGAAUCUCCCUUAAUGGAAGACAUAGAAGCUCGAGAAGGAAUACCACUAAAAACCUAG